ACAUAUCAAUAAAAUCUACACAAAAUUCUCUAUCUUUUAGCAUCAGAACCAAACCUUCUGGUCGAGUCUAAUUUGAGAAAAAAGCCUAUCAAAAACCGGCAAUUUCCUCUGCCGUACCCGUUACUAUGUUUCAUUAAAAACGUAAAAAAAUUAAAAAGCAUCAAUAUAAAAGAAUACAGAGGUUUGUUAAAACUUCAUAUAGCUCGCUGCCAUUUUUCAGAUAAUAGUAACGUUGACAGACUUGAUUAAAAGUGAUUUAUUUCGACAAGCGUUCGAUCUAGUAGCGCUCACACAUAAAUGUUGCCACUAGCUGCAAUAAGCCUUAUCAGCUUUUCAAAGCAUCGGAGAAAUCUCGAGUAGAUAAGGAGUUACUCUCUCAGUCAUGUGACGGCAAUGUUAUGAAAGAAUGUUUUUACUAAGCAUAUUUUUGCAGCGUCUUCACCUGAACCUAAAACUCAAGCGCGAGAAGACUUCAUAUUCAAAUGGUAGGGUUACAAGAGAACGCUUUGUUCGCAAAGUCGUAAGAACUACAUACAUUAAACUUUGAUGUUUUAUUCGAGGGAAGCAAGUUAAGGUAAUGUGCAUUUUAGUGAUAUCUAGUUAUAUACUCAAAAAGACACAGAUAUCUGACUUCUAGUUCAGAAAAAAUGUACUUUCUCGGGAACAAAAAAGAAUUUUAAGAAAAGUGAGUUAUACUUUUGUUGUACGUUGUUAGGCGGUUUUAAUGGCGCAAGAAUCAAGUUCCUAUCUCUUUCCAAAAAUUGAUACUUAGCUAUACCUCAAAUCAGCUCACAUGAAAAGGUGCGCUGACAAGGGUCAAACUAACGAGGAAAGGACACUAACUGGCAAAUCGCUUUUGGCCUAAAACUAAGUGGAAAAUAGGUUAUCGACUAUGCUGAUUCUGAAUAUGACAAUGAUUUGGGCUGAUAGGCCUUUGGAGACCGGGUUCCUGGAAACCUGGUUUUCCAAGGCAAAAGUUUUAUCGUUUCUAAAAAAUUUUCCGACUCGGCCAGAUGAAAGAGCAUUUCGCGAAAGCUAUAAAAAACAUAUUUUCAAAAUUUUCCGAAGGUUUUUCGACAGUUUUCGUAACACUUUCCAGAAAAAUCCAAGGUUCAGGCUCCAAAAGUGUCUGAAAACCUUCGGAAAAUUUUGAAAACAUGUUUUUUAUUCCCCACAACAAGUAAAGAGUUAUCACUCACCCUUAAGAUUGUUGACACUUCCGUCGGCCGAACAAGAAUCUAAUGCAAAUCGUGCUAAAUCUAAAAAUAAUCAAUUGCGUAGUGCACUUAAUUCAGGAUUAGAGGAGUAUACGUUUGCUUUACAUAAGUUUCAAAAAACUAUGCAGCAAGAAAACAGUUAUUCACAAAUAAUUGCUGUUGAUCAAAUUCAUAAUGAAGCGUGGCUAUUGCAGUAUGAAGUAUAUCGUAAUGGAUUAUUUGAACAAUUAAAAAAAGAUACCGAACACUUCUUAUUCCAUGGAUGUGCAGAUGCCUCUGUUGACAAUAUAAUCAAACGAGGUUUUGAUCGAAAUCAUGCUGGUGAAAUUCAUGGUACAAGUUACGGUCGAGGUGUCUAUUUUUCAAGUAGUGCACGUGAAAGUCAUAAAUAUACGAAACCGAACCAAAGUCAUGAAAGUCAUGAACGAUUGUUAUAA